UGGGCGGGCGGGGACGGGGAGAGACCGUGCGUCCGUGUCACUGGGUGCAGUUGAGACUGUGGGGUGUGUAAUCGUCCUUACCUCACGGAGGCCUUGAGUGUGUGUCGUGUAGAUGAUCGUGCUUUGCCUUGGCUUUGUAGCGAGCGUCACUGCGACCGGUGGCUCCAGGUUCGCUGCUGCUUCCUUGCAGCUCCUGUCAGCCAGAUAGGACCGCUGCAGAGAAGGACGCUCGCAGUCUCAGUUGUUUCAUGUACUGGCCAAAAAGAACUGAAUAUACAACAAUUUAUUUAUGAUAAACAGAACCCAAUCAAACAAAAAGUGUUUAGGGUCUCCUGAUCCUGUGCUUUUCUGGUAGAGAAACCUUGAGGACUGAACAGCUUUGGCUGAUAUAAGACCAUGGCUUGUGUAUCCAUAACGUUCAGGGACGUGGCGAUAGACUUCUCUCCUCAGGAGUGGGAAUAUCUCAACCUGGUCCAAAAAACCCUGUACCGGGAGGUGAUGAUGGAAAACUAUGAUAACUUGGUUUCACUGGCAGGAUAUUCCUUGUCUAAGCCAGAUAUAAUUACCUUAUUGGAACAAGGAAAAGAGCCCUGGAUGGUUGUGAGGGAAGAAACAAGAAGAGAGUGUACAGAUUUGGAUUCAAGGUGUGAAAUAAAUCGCGUUGGAAAAAUGCACAUUUAUAGGAAACACUCAUCUGUUACUCUGCAGCAUAGAAUUAAUAAGGGAGAGAAAUCAUAUGAAUGUAAAGAAUGUCCAAAGGUCUUUAGUCAUCUUACAGAACUCACAGUACAUCAAAAUAUUCAUACUGGUGAGAAACCCAAUCACCAUGAAGAGUUCAAGAAGAUGUUUAGCCAUCUUAACGACCUUAGAAAACAUGAGAAAAUCCAUACUGGUGAAAAACCUUAUGAAUGUGAAGAAUGUGGGAAGGCCUUUAGUCAUCCUGCAAACCUUGCUCAACAUAGAAAAGUUCAUGUUGAGAAACCCUAUGAAUGCAAAGAGUGUGGGCAAGCUUUUAGAAGUAGCCAUCAACUAACUAUACAUCAUAGAUUUCAUUAUGGUGAGAAGCCAUAUGAAUGUAAGGAAUGUGGAAAGGCAUUUAGUGUAUAUGGACGACUUAGUCGACAUCAAACUAUUCACACCGGUGAGAAACCCUUUGAAUGUAAUAAAUGUGGGAAGUCUUUUAGGCUCAAAUCAGGUCUUGAAGUACAUCAGAGGAUUCAUACAGGUGAGAAGCCCUAUAUAUGUAAGGAAUGUGGGAAGGCCUUUCGUCAGUUUUCACAUCUCAUAUGUCAUAAAAGAAUUCAUACUGGAGAAAAACCCUACAAAUGUAAGGAAUGUGGGAAGACAUUUAAGUGUAGGUAUCAACUUACUAUACAUCAGAGAAUUUACACUGGGGAGAAAUCACAAGAAUGUAAAGAGUAUGGGGAGGCUAUUAGUAGUAACCAUCAACUUACCACACAUCAUACAUUUGAUAGUGUUGAAAAACCAUAUGAAUGUAAGGAAUGUGGGAAGGUCUUUAGUGCAUAUGGACGACUUACUCGACAUCAGAAUAUUCAUAAUGAUAAGAAACGAUUUGAAUGUAACAAAUGUGGGAAAUCCUUUACGCUCAAUUCAUCCCUUAAAAUACAUCAGUAUAUUCAUACUGGUGAGAGACCCUACAAAUGUAAGGAAUGUGGGAAGGCAUUUGGUCAGCGGGCACAUCUUGCACGUCAUAAAAGAAUUCAUGUUGGUUACAAAUCCUUCCAAUGCAAAGAAUGUGGGAAGUCUUUUCCCUGUGCCUCAUAUCUUGUCAGACAUGAGAAAAUUCAUACUGGAGAGAAACCCUAUGUAUGUCAGGAGUGUGGGAAAGCUUUUAUUUAUAGCCAUAAACUUACUAUACAUCGUAGAGUUCACACUGGUGAGAGACCUUAUGAAUGUAAGGAAUGUGGGAAGGCCUUUAGUGUGUCUGGACAACUUACUCAGCAUCAGAGUAUUCAUAGUGGUAAGAAGCCCUUUGAAUGUAACAAAUGUGGAAAGUCCUUUAGGCUCAUUUCAAUACUUAGAGUUCAUCAAAAUACUCACAGUGAUGAGAAACCCUAUGAAUGUAAGGAAUGUGGGAAGGCCUUUCGUCAUGCCAGAAGCCUCAUAUAUCAUGACCAAAUUCAUACUGGUCAAUAGUCCUGUGAAUGUAACAAGUGUGGGGAGACCUUUAGUCAUGCCUCACAUCUUAUUAUUCAUGAGAGGAUUCAUAGCUGUGAUAAACCCUAAGAAUGUGACAGGGAAUUUCUUUGUGUCUUGUUAUUUUGUUGAACAUGAGAAAAUUCAUGGUGGUAGAAAUCCUUAUGUGUGUCAAGAGUGUGGGAAAGCUUUCAAUAGCCAUGACUGUAGUAUACAUUAUAGAGUUCAUAUUUGUGAGAAACCCUUUGAAUGUAAGAAAUGCACAAGGUCCCUUAGGCUAGUUCCAUCCUUGAAAUACAUCAGAAAAUUGAUACUGGAUGGAGACUUUGUGGCAUAUACUCAUAAUAAAGUACAGUGUGUCAAUAGAUUUAUACCACUGAGAACGAAUUUGAAUGAAGACAAUGUGGGAAGGAUUUUAGUUCAGUUCUUAUUAGGCAUGAAUUUAUACUGAUGUGAACUUCCAAAAUGUAAAUAAAGUGUCCAGGUUUUUAGGUAUGAUCCAUUUUUCUCAGAUUCAUCGAAUUUAUAGUGUAUUUUUAUAAUAACAUAAGGAAACCUUUUUCUGGUAUUCUAUUUUUGGAUUAUCCAUAUAUUCAUAGUAGAGAAAAAUUAAGAGAAUGUAGGGAACUGUUGUUCUUUUUUGUAAACAUCUGCCAGCAAAAGUCAUUUAUUGUUAAACUUAGGAAAAACCAUCAUGCAGAAGACUUCUAAUGGAUGUGGGAAAGGCUUUUGCCAUUCUACGUAUCUUAAUCAUGAUCAGUGUUCCAGUCCUUA